CAUUUGACAGCAUCUGUCAAAAUAGUCUUGUUAAAAAAAUGGUGUCUUGGAGUGCUCUAGGCCGAUCUUUCGGCAUAAACUUGCUUAAAAACCAGAUUAAAACACCAACUACUAUCCAAAAUGCCACCUUUACAACAAGUAAAGCCUUGAACGGAUCCCAUGGGGCGAAAACUUUUGUCUUACAACCAUCCAGAUGGCAAUGGCACAAGUUCAAGGAUAUGUUCCACUUCUACGCCAUGCUGGGUCUCAUACCGGUUGGGGCCAUCAUUUUCUACAGCAACGUGUUCAUCGGGCCUGCGCAGCUGACCCCCAUCCCUGAGGGUUAUGAACCAAAACACUGGGAGUACCACCGCCACCCAAUCACUAGAUUUAUUGCCCGUUAUAUUCACCAAAACCCCCAGCAGGACUAUGAAAAGUUCAUGCACGCUAUUGACGAGGAAAGGCAGAGGCAGAAGUUGCGUAAGUUGGAACAACAGAUCAUCAAAAAGAUGGCUGAGCGCCAGGACUACCAGGCAUACUAUUAUAAACCUUUGGUCAACAAGUACCACCGCAUUAACAAGAAGACCGGUGAAGAAAUGUACGACCGCAUGGGUGAUGAUUACAAAGAAUAAAUACUAUUAAAUGUUACUAUUAUAGAAAUUUUGCUGACCAUAGUAUACUAGUAAUCAAGUGUAUUGUCACAUAGUUCAGUGUAGAUAAAUAAACUAUUAAUUGUUUCAUAACAAUUUUAUUUGAACAACUGGCAUUAUUACAUGCAACCCAGUACUACCUAUGUCACGUUUUUUAUGUGAUUUUGUUGUUAUUUAUUUACUUACCUACAAUAUUUUGCGCCCAAGAUUGUUGAAAAUGUUAUGUACUAAGAUAUUUUGGGUAUAAAUAAAAGAGUAAGGCUUAUGGUAA